AUGGCGACAAACUUUGACAUGAACGAUUUAACUGUAGAACAACUUAUGGCCCUCAGUGAGAUCAUUGAUGAUAGCGAUAGUAGUGACAUUGAUGAUAAAGUUGAGGAAAUAUUUGCGGAUAAGUUUUAUCGAGUUGCACCUAAGGAUAAGGGCAAAGAUCCCUUUGAAGGACAAAGACAAUUCAUAGAUGAAGCUGACCGUUCUACGGAUCCUAAGAAGCCACGACGACUUCCACUUAACUAUAAAGGUAGAAGAGGAAUUAUGCCGACAUGGAAGUAUUCUGAGAGACAAAAGGCUAAGGCCUUACUUGUCGAGGAGGCAUACCAAAGUCUACUAAGUAGGGGAGUUGAAGGUUUACCACCAACAAUGGGAGGUAGAUGGCGAACUGAUGAUCCACAGGUGAAUGCUGAAAUUAAGAGGCUUGAAAAUGAGAGGAACCCCAAGCGUCCUAGAGGAAGGCCACCAAAGCCUAAGUCUAAUACUGAAGUUAAGGUUCCCAGAGGUAGACCAGUAAAGCCUAAGGUUGAUGCUGAAGUUGUGAUUCCAAAAAAGCGUGGAAGACCACCAAAGCCCAAGUCUGACGCUGAAGUUAAGGUUCCCAAAAGGAAAGGUAGGCCACCAAAGUCUAAGGUAGCUGAAACACUAAAGCCUAAGGUUAAAAGACAAACUGUUGCUGAAAGAUUCAUAAGUCAAAAUAGGAUUAAACUUUCAGUUCCUGCAAAUAGUGUUAUAACUCCAACAGGUCUAGGUAAGUUUACAAUUCACGUGGAUCUUAACAAGAAACCUACAAGGAAAGCUCCUGAAGUACCAAAGGGUGUAGCUCCCUGGAAACCUACACCUAAACCUAGGGAAAGACCAAUUCCUAAACCUAGAACCGUACUUCCUAGGGAAAGGCCAAUUCCGAAACCUAGAACUAUAUUUCCUAGGGAAAGACCAGUUCCUAAACCUAGAACCAGGAAACCAGUGGCUCCUCCAAAGUUACGAAAGCCUGUAAAAGUGUCGAAGGAAGUUAAUGAACAGCCUGUAGUGGUUACACCGAAGGAACACGAAAUAGAUCCAUUUGGAACAUAUCUCGAAAAGCCAUCUCAUAGGAAAAUUGAAACAGCCGCAAAUGGAGCAGCUGUGACUUAUUCAAUUACUCCACAUUUUAUGGAUCCCCUAGACCAGAUGACAGCAAGUAGGCAGGUAGUGAGAGGAAUUCUAGUUAACGAGCUGAAGAGAAUGGGAGGGUUGAAAUAUACCGAAACAAUUAAGGUGAGAAUGUCAAAGGAGAUCGGUAAUGAUAAGACAAAGAAGGAUUCAAUAUACUUUAAGUCUAAAACUGGAACCGCGACUAACUUCGAGGAUAUUGAAAGUACAGCUGCUCAAAAUCAACUGACAAUCCUAGCUAGAAUUGAAACCUUCCAGAACUUAGGUUCAAAUUGGAUUAUUCUGAAUAUUGAAAGCCAUUAUCUCAACAUUGCAAUGUACAAACCUCUAAAGAGUAGUUCAUAUAUGAAAUUACCUGCAGACAUCAUUAAUCCAAAAUGUGGUAUCAUCAACAUGAAAAACAAUGACAACAAAUGUUUUAUGUGGAGUCAUGUGAGACAUGUAAGACCCAAAGCUAGAAGAGCAACCACCAUUACACGACAGGAUGUGGAGUUCGCAGAAAACCUAGAUUAUGAGGGAAUAGACUUCCCUGUGAAGAUAAGCGAUAUUGAUAAAAUCGAGAGGAAAAACAGUAUGAGCAUAUCAGUGUUUGGCUAUAAGGGUAAAAAGCAGUUUUAUCCCAUAAGAAACUCCAAGACAAAAUAUGACGAGCAUAUGGAGCUGCUGCUUCUAGGUGAUGGUAAUGGAAACAACCACUAUGUCCUAAUAAAAGACAUUAAUAGAAUGCUGUAUAGUGUAAGUGGAUACGAACAUAAGAAGCACUUUUGCCUACACUGUCUUCAUAGUUGUAAGAGUGAAGAGCUACUAGAAAAACAUAGGGAGACAUGUAUCGAGGUAAAUGGAACUCAGGCCACAAAGCUUCCCAAGGAGGGUACAAAAAUAAAGUUCAAAAACCACAGAAACUCAAUACCUGCACCAUUCGUGAUAUACGCUGACUUUGAGUCUAUACUGGUUCCAGAAGAGAAAAAAGUUGAUUCUGAAAACUCUGAGGACAAAAGUAGUACAGACCUUUACCAGACACACAAAGCUUGUAGUUUUGGGUUAAAAACAGUCUGCCAUUACGAUGAUAAGUACUCUGGUGAAUAUAUAAGCUACGUUGGUGAAGACGCCACACAGGUCUUCCUAAAGACUGUACUGAAGGAGUCUAUUAAGUGUAGAGAAAUGGUUAAUAAGAUAUUCAAGAAAAAGAUGGUAAUUACACCUGAACAGGAAGCUGAGUUCUGGAUGACUAGAAACUGCUCAAUAUGUGGUAAUGAUCUUGGAGAUGAUAGAGUGAGAGACCACGAUCACGUAACAGGAAUGUUUCGUGGAGCUGCUCAUAAUAUGUGCAACCUAAAAUAUAGAAUUACAUGGAAAGUUCCUGUGGUCUUCCACAAUCUAAGAGGUUACGAUAGCCAUCUAAUUAUGCAAGAGAUUGGUAAAUUUAAGAUGAACAUUAACGUAGUUCCAAAUAACAUGGAAAAAUACAUUUCAUUCUCACUAGGUAAAAACCUUGUCUUCAUAGACUCUAUACAGUUUAUGGCUUCUUCACUGGAAGCACUCGUGAGUAACCUUUCACCUGAGGACUUCAAGAUAGUAGGUAAGAGGUGGAAGGGUGAGGACUUCAACUUAGUUACACAGAAAGGAGUCUUUCCAUAUGAAUUCCUAGAUGACAUUAGUAAACUUAAUGUUGAGGGUCUUCCAAGUAAAGAUAAAUUCUACUCAACACUAUACGAGUCAGAGGUGAAGGAAGAAGAUUACCAAAGAGCUCAGAAAGUAUGGGAUCACUUUGGAAUGAAAACUAUGAGAAACUACCACGAUCUCUACCUAGAAACCGACGUUCUUCUACUGGCGGAUGUUUUUGAAAACUUCAGGAGAACCUGCUUGGAAAUUUAUAAACUUGACCCUGCACAUUACAUAUCAGCACCCAGUCUAAGUUGGAAUGCAUUCCUAAAACAGUCAGGUGAAGAAAUAGAACUUGUAAGUGAUAUGGAUAUGUUCCAGUUCUUUGAGAAGGGAAUGAGAGGUGGGAUAAGUCACAUUGCUCACAGACAAGCUACAGCUAAUAAUAAGCAUAUGGAAACGUAUAAUGAAGAGCUUGAAAACAAGUACCUUAUGUACCUCGACGCCAACAAUUUAUAUGGCUGGGCAAUGUCACAACCACUGCCUAAUGGAGAGUUUGAGUGGGUUGAGGAAUUUGAUGGUAUGAACCUUGAUGACUACCUUGGAGACAACGGAAGGGGUAUGGUUCUAGAGGUUGACAUGGAAUAUCCACAAGAACUUCACAAUCUCCAUAACGGUUAUCCGCUAGCUCCAGAGAGUAAAGAGAUUAGUGCUUCAAUGUUGUCAGAUUACGCAAAAAGUAUUGCUGAUAAAUUCCAGCUGACAAUUGGAGGAGUAAGAAAACUGGUGAACUCUCUUGGACCAAGGAAGAACUACGUCUUACAUGCACGUAAUCUAAAACUCUACACAGACCUUGGAAUGAAACUCACAAAGGUUCAUAGAGCGGUCUCGUUCAAACAGUCCCCUUGGCUUAAGAACUAUAUUGACUUCAAUACAAAGAAACGGUCAGUAGCACGUAAUGUGUUUGAAAAGAACUUCUUCAAGUUAAUGAAUAACUCAAUCUACGGAAAGACAAUGGAAAAUCUUAGGAAAAGAGUUGAUGUAAAAUUAGUGUCAUCGGAAAACGACCUCCUAAAACUUACGGCAUCGCCGUGCUUCCAGUCACAUAGAAUUAUGAAUGAGAACUUAAUAGUUGUAAAACGGAUGAAGGAAGUUCUAACUCUUAAUAAACCGUGCUACGUUGGAAUGAGCAUCUUAGACUUAUCAAAGACUCUAAUGUAUGAUUUCCACUACAACACAAUUAAGAAGGAGUACGGUGACAGGUCAAAGCUACUGUUCACAGAUACUGACAGCUUGAUGUAUGAAAUAAAGACGGAUGACGUCUACGAGGACUUCAGGAGGAUCGGUAAGGAGAAAGACUGCUGGGAUAACUCAGAUUACCCAAAAGAUUCUCCGUACUACUCAGCUCAUAAUAAGAAGGUUAUCGGUAAGUUCAAGGACGAGGCCGAAGGUGUACCCGUAAUCGAGUUUGUUGGGUUAAGGUCAAAGAUGUACUCAUAUGUGAAGGAGAGUGGUGGAGGUGGAAUGACCGCGAAAGGAGUGAAAAAGUAUGUGAUCAGAAACAAGCUCACUCAUGAAAACUUUAAGAACGUAAUAAAUAUGAAAGGUCGGAUGAGACAUAAGAUGAACACAAUCAGAAGCGUCAAGCAUAAAAUCGGAACUUACGAAUUGAAGAAAGUUACUCUUAGCUGUUUCGAUGAUAAAAGGUAUUUACUCGGAGACGGAGUUACAAGUUACGCUUACGGUCACCAUGGAAUUAAAAACUAAAUAAUAAAUAAACUAUUAAAUAAGAUUUAAAAAUAAUGGUUAAAAAUUAAAUAAUAAAUACACGUUAAAAAACCACAAUAAAUAAAUGGUCUAGAAACUUGAGCCCGCGUUUUUGGGGGAAAAUAUGGAAACCGCUGACCGGAAGUGGGAUGAGAUCGCGGGCUGAAAAAGUGGUCUAGAACCGCUACUUCCUAUACUACGUUUGUCGCGGUAUUAAUAGUAUUAUUUACAAGGUCCUUUCAGUUUCAAUAAAUUGUAUCAUGCAGUUGCCCAAUCCGACUGAAUAUCUGAAGAAGAGUUGAAGGGUUUUGUAGAUGGAAAUCAUCGAGUUUAAAUAUUAAAUACAUUUAUUAGACCUAACCAGGAGCAGCUGCAAUUCUGGCAGGGACAGAACCGCUGUGGUCAUGCAUGCGAUUCCGGCGGUGCAACCAACUGACCUACAGGAAUCUAAUAAAUGUACAUGCAUGUAUACAAAAUUUACACUCGAUAAUUUUCAUCUUCAAACCCUUCAACUAGCAUUGUUCAAUCGAGCUGGUGAGAUGCCAACCAUAUCUAGAUAUUUGAAAAGCCCUACUCAAGAGGGGCGAAACAACGAAAGCCGCGUAAGACGAACAACUUUUGCAAAUCUUUAGAUUUGUAUUUAAGUAAUUUUUGGAUCAAAUAGAUAAAAAUAAAUUUCCAAUUAAUAUAUGACAUACCAUGUACACAAACAACCCCCCGCCCCCCACCAAAGAAGGAAAAAUUGAGGUCGACAAAGUAUUUUUAAAGUAUUUUUAACCUCCCCCAACCAUAUAUCGCUAGUUACGUCACUACCCAAAAACAUUACAAUGACUGAUACAAGACUGAGACUGGCAGGGUUUGAUUUAAUAUACAGGACUAAAUAUGUCCCAAUUGCCAGAUAACCUGCAUAAGAUUAUUUUAUCAAUAUAUGUUGCAAAAUCUCUUUGCUAAGAAAGCAUAUACAUAUAUGCAGUAUAAAACCAUCGCGUGUAACAUUAAGGGAUUUAAAUAUCUUUCCCUGUAAGUUUUCCAAAAUUGAUUUACAUGCUUUGAUUCAUGAUUGAAGAGGAAAUUCCUUAAUUUAAGAAAAGAAAAUUCUCUUUGAAAGUAUAUAGAAAACAAAAGUUAAACAAGAAAAGCAAAUCAUUGUUAAAAUUGCCACAAAAUUAAUAAAUCAGCACGGAAUGAUUGCAGCUUCUGGGCCUUGACAUAUUUGACUUGACCAAGCCAAUGGGAGACGCAUGAUUGACUCGCAAACAUUGCCCAUUCAUGUGCUCAGCUGGUAUAAAGUAAAAGUUAGAGCUGCAUAUAAUAAUCUACAAUCACCAAAUAGCACAAAUACUAUGAAUGCAAUAAAAAUGGGAAAAAGAGUUAACAAUUGAACUGCUAGUAAGCUUACUUGGUCUCAGCAACUGACUGUCCAGGUUCAAUGCUCGCUCGUAAUUUACAGUAACAUGCGCAGUUUAAUAAUAUAUAGUUAAAAUUAAUUAAGUCAAACGCAACUAGAACAAAUAAGGCUUCAGGAUGCACGAGAAAGCCACGAAAACAAGAAUGCGCUGAAUAAUGCUACAGUAAGUGGGCGUCAUUGCGAAGCAUUCAAUCAUGCAUGUCAGCGUGACUUUAGGGGAAAUCCCUAGGGAAAUUUCCUUUAGGCGAAAGUUAAACAAAAAAAAGCAAAUUAUUAAAUUGGCCCAAACUGCCACAAAGCAAUAAAUUAGCACGGGAUAAUUCCUGUAGGUGGGCCUUGACAUAAUUGACGAAAGGUCCAGGACGCAUAUUGACUCGAAGACAUAAUAGUUGCACAUGCAUGCUGACAUGCGCUGGUUAAUUAAAGUUAGAGUUGCAUGCGUGGCACGGUAAGGACGAUCGAGUAGUGCACUACAAUUUUAAUAAUCCACAAUCGCCAAAUAGCACAAAUAAAUACAAUAAAAAAUGGGAAAGGGUGACACUAAUGUUAACCGAGACUAAUGAGUUAAUUAAACAAGUACGAUGAAUAGAAUGGGAUCGGCAAGCAAUUUGGUUUCAGCAAUGCAUGGGCCGGCCUUAUGCAGGUUUCCAUCCAAUUUUCAGGAAUUUAUGUUACAAUACUGGACGUUUUAUGUUGUUUAUAUCAUUAGUGUUGACCAAAAAUUUUGAAUCAAUAGCAUUAGUUCCUCCUUAUAGUUACAGCAUCUUGAAAAAUAAAAGUGCUGACGUCAGCAUUAUUUUUGAUCUCCUUCAGAAACUGUGUUAUACACCUCUGGUUAUACACAAAAUGUAGUUAAAAAUUCUAGGUUAAGGGUACGUCGGGACUUUGUAUCUUAUAUAAACAAAAAUUUAAACGUUUUGGCUCCAACUCGCCUUUAUUUUAGCAUUUGAUUUUUGGAUAUUAAGCGCUUGCAAAAUGUUUAGAUUCUUGUUUAUAUAUUUCAGGUAAGAAGUCAUUUACUGCAGAUAAAUGUACACAUACCUACCUAUUUUUCAUAACUCAUUUUUUAUUGACCAACAAACGAUUUUUAACUAAAUUGUUUUUUAACAUAGUUUCUGAAGAAGUUCGAAAAUAAUGUUGACGUCAGCACUUUCAUUUUUCAAGUGCUGUAAGUCGGGAGGAAUUUAUCCUAUUGAUCCAGAAUUGUGACUGGAAUUCCUGGAAAUUGGACGGAAACCUGCGUAAGGCCCAUUGACUGUCCAAAGUUCAAUGCUCCUAAUUUAUAGUAGCUGCGCAGUUAUAUAUAGUUCAACGCAACUAAACAAGAAUGCAUGCGCUGAAUCAUGGCGCUACUGAACUGGGCGUCAUUGCGAAGCAUGUAUGUCAGCAUGACUAGACCGGCUAAUAAACCACACAGAUUACUAGGUGCGCAAGGAAAUCAAGAGAAUUCUAGAUUACUUUAAUUUAAUAGCAAGAUCCUUGUAUAAAUAACAUAAUUACUCAGCAACUUCUCGAAUUUUAACAUAACUCAACCUUGUAAUAUUAGACCCCGUUUACACUAUACCGGAUUCGCUCUUUCGAUAACUUCCAUACGUUUCUGUUUGUUACUACCAUUAAUAUGUUUAGGCUAUUUCAUUGACUGUUAAAACUGAUGUCGUCACCAGCGAAUCCGGUACAAUGUAAACGUGGCCUAUAAUGAUUAGGCAAUAUUAAUAUUUAGGGAAAACCCCCUAUAAGGGAAAUUCCCAUUACCCGUCGUUGACCCUGAGUACAUAUGAAGCGGACAUAAAGGUCAAUUUCCUGCCACUCAUAAUAAUAUUAAUAAUAUAUACAUAGGCAUAGCUUGUAAGGUUUCUUAAAUUAACAUUUCAUAUUGAAAUGCUGCACGUAGUUUCGGAGCAUUCGUUUAUCUCAAUUGGUCCUUGACGUAUUAUUUAUUUUGGCAUAUUGACCACAAAAUUAUAUACGUAGUAAAACGUAUUGGCCAACAAAUAGCAGAUGUUAGAAUAUGUUGGAUCGGGGUUCUUACUCAAAAUUUUAAUCCAAUGUUGGAUGAAGUUGUUCUGGUUUGAACAAACUGAAGUCCAUGACUAAAGGGAUUAGUUGAACUGACGUGAUUAUAAAAUUGCCCGCCCACGAAGUGCGUGUGCAAUAAAAUUUGAAAUUACAACUUUGAACUUCGUAAAUAGAUAACCUCGUAGGUUAUGUUAAUGCUUUACAGUUGCUUUUUAUUUUGUUGGCAUUUUAAUAAUUAACUACGCCUGUGAUGACACCGACAUAUUUUUGCAAGUUUGCAAUUUUACUAAUUAUAGCAAACAGACAAUCUUGUUUAGUUUAAUUGAUUUGCUGAUUUGAAUACAACAUAGGUGAGAGAAGCACAUCGUGACAUUGUAAGAUGUUAGAGUUAUAAACCGAGUAGGAGGUUUAUAACUGAUAUAUUGCCCCCGAGGACGCGUAGCGUCCGAGUGCAAUAUAUCAGUUAUAAACCGACUUUCGAGGUUUAUAACUAACUUAUAUCACAUUUGUGGAGGUUUUCUAACAUAUUUUGUCAUUUUCAAAAAUUUUUAAUGAAACAUUUUCGCGUUUUGUCUACAAGUUUCAUCUAAUCAUUUAUUCAAGGUAUAUAAGCUUAGUUAUAAACCUCGGAGGAUCAAAGAAAACCGACACAAAUGUGAUAUAAGUGAUUAAUAUACAACCUCAUGAACGCUGUUAUAGCGCCUCGUUUCUGUGAUCGAGACAUUAAUUUUAGAGCGUUAUUUAAUUCCUGUUACUGAUGACAAUAAUCAUCAACAGAUCUUUCAUUUUCGCAGAUGUAGCUGUUUGUGCUGCGUAAAGUCCUAAAUAUUGGGUCAACAACAAAAAAUUGACAAACGGAAAUGCGGUUUCAGCUAAAAUGACGCGGGGAAUGCCCUAAAACAAUGUAAGCUCAUCAUGGGGGGAAACCCCUCGCAAUGCAUGGUAGGUAUAUAAAAUGGCUCAAGUAAAGAUCCAUAGACAUUUUACAGCAAGCAAAUUCUAGAAAGAAGCAAGAUAGCGAAACAGGGAAUUCAGUGUGAUAUGGAGAUACAAGGUAAGUCCGUCGUCUGAUGAAAAUCGACAAAAUCGAUAUGUGAAGCUGCUCCAUAUUUUGCUACAAAAUCAAACAUAACACAAAUCCCCCUCGUGCGAGAGGUUUUGUUUCUCUUUAUAGUUUAUACUGACUUUAAAAUUUGUCUAGUUGUAAGAUCUUUUCCCCCUUAUUUCAGCGGCCUUUGCUCUACUAUAAAGUGCUGCAGUUUAUAUGAUUUCAGCAAAACAGAUUUUAUUAUAAUACAUAUUGUAUUCCUCAUAAAACCAGAUAUUUCAAACCCAGUCUUUUUAAAUUAACACAUUUUUGCAACAAUUAUGUAUACUAGCAUUUCCACGUAUUUCGUAUAUCAUCUGUGUCAGUGAACAAUAUAGCUUACUCAAUCGUUUUAAAAUAGGUAGGCUAUCACAAUACAUGCGUAAUUCUUUCACUUCCGGUAUAAUCGUGUGACUCAGUAGCCUGCUUGCAGCCCCCACACAAAAAUUUGAAACAGAAUAUUAGCUAAGUUUUCGUUUGAACGAAAUUACGGGCUGCGAGCAGGCUAAUGAGUAAUGACUAAGUGUUUCUUCAUAAUAAGGAAUUACGCAAUUAUUUUAAAUAAUUCCAUGACACGCAGUUAGCAAAAUAUAUUAACGAAUACUAGCUAUAAGCAAAAUAUAGCUUUCUCAGUCUUUGUGUGAUAUAGCUUUCUCAGUCAUUCUUGUGAAUAUUUCCACUUCGUAUCAUCAUCGUAUCAGUAAAAUAUAUAGCUUAGUCAGUAUUAGUUAGUUUUUAUAACAAUAGCGUAUAAUUCGGUAAUAAUUUUCACUUUCGUAUCAAUGUGCCAAAGAUAGUAUGAAAAAAUCAUGUCAACACUAUGUUGAAAUACGAAUACGAAAUGUGGAAACACGACCCAAACAAUGCUGAUACGAUCGCGCCCCGCCUUUAGAUCAAACGAGAAUGAGAAUUGACGAAAGAUCAAUUAGACAAUUAAACGAAUUGAAAACAUUCAUUAUUUGUUUUAUACAGCUAACACCAAAAUAAAUCAGUAUUAUCGAGCUUUUAUUGAAUUAAAUACCAAACAAACACAUAUUGCCGAGUUGGAUGUGCAAUGUUUAAACUAGAUAGUGAUGACUGUUAAAUAUCUUUGACACUAUUUUUCUAAAAAAUGCCGGUUAAUGCUAUGCACAAACAAGAAUAUAAAAAUUUGAGUGCGCAGUCCAUAGGUCUGCUUAAUAUAUAAGAUUAAAAUAUGUAGUACGACAAAAAGUCGUUUUGUGUCUCCAUGUGAUUCAUGACAUGCAAUCUCAGUUAUAUAGGGUGUUGGCAUUGGCUGUGCUCGUAAAAUUCCGUGUCUAUAACAGGCCCGUAGCUGGGGGGGCCUGGGGGGGCAGUGCCCCCCCACUGGGUGGGACAGUGCCCCCCCACUCGGAAAUCGGGUAUGAAAAAUUGAGAUAAAGGGCCUGGGAAGCAAUUGUAUUAAUGGAAAAAAUUCUGUAAAUUUUGUGGAAAAUUUUGUGAUUUUUGAAAAAUUUUCUUAGAUUUCGGAAAAAUGGAGUAUGUCCGGAAAAAUUGUUAUGUCCGGAAAAAUUUUUUGACCCCUAAAAUGGUACACUGACCGGAUAAAUUCCGGGAAAAAAAUUUUUUCAUCUCAAACGUUUGGUUACAUUCUUUCUGGAGUGAGUGCCCCCCCAGAAAUUGAGAGCCAGCUACGGGCUUGGUCUAUAACAAAGUCUCCAACACAUGUAAUAACUAAUAAGAAUAACUUUUGUUUUAUUUGAGAUGGAGUAAAAAAGUCAGCAACCAUUGUCGAUGGAGGCUUUAUUAGUUUAGCAUUUUUUACUGUCAUUUUCUAAUUUUCUGGACGAUAGGCCGUGGCCGCUAACUGUUGGGGACCUUUAGUUUUUUAACUAACCCUACCCACGCAAUGAGCGUUACGCCACUGGCUGAACCGGAAUCGCAGGACCGCAGGUUCGAUUCCUGCAAGAGGGAACAGCCGGCCAAAAGUAGAAUUUUGCACAACUGCUUCUGGUUAGGUGUAAAAUUGUAUAUAUUUUUCCUCUAGAAAUUUUCCAACUACAAAAACAAUUGAACUGUUAGUUCUCUGAAGGCGUUGGCUAAAAAAUGCCGUUUUAUAUCUUCAUUGUUUUGGUAUCUUUUAUAUCUUCAUAUAUCACUCUUUGCAUAACCCAUGAGAAUGUGUAUAGGGAAAUGAAUAACAUGCAGCAUAUAGCUACAUCACACUGACUUGUCCACUGCAUGCAUGCGUUUUGCCUCAAUGUACCCUUCCGGUAAGCAUGUCACUUUGGCUAUAGGGCUUCGUUUCCGUUUAUAUUACAUCAGUUGAAACAUGUCUCAAUCAUGAAAAUGGCGCCAAAGUGACAUACUUUCUGAAAGAGUAAACUGGUCUUUCGAGCUCCUUUCGAAUUAAAAUCUUGGUUCCGUGCUCAGAAGGUCUACAACAAUAAAUGGUAGAAAGUUUAAUCAAUUAAUUUAGAAACCUAAUUUUCCUGAAGAAUACGAAGAAUAAAUUAACUAUUCAUCGUUAGAGAAUUGAAUCGAUUGAUGUUGUUACUUGAGCAUAGAAAGGACAAACCAACUCCUGGGUUCUGAGUUAUUGUACUGGGGCGGGUUGUACAAAGCUGGAUUAGCGCUAACCCUGGGUUAAAAUUGAACCCGCCGUUUUAGUUCAUUUGCACAUGUGUUUAUUUCAUGAUUUUGGAAAAUAAAACUGUUAUUGAUCCAGACAUGAAUUUUCGAAAACUAUCUUCAUGUUUCUAAACAGGCUGUUGGGAAGAUUGCUUGGACACUUGCGUUAACUUUGGAUUUAGCUAACCCACUUUCGAACAGCCUGCUCCUGUACAAUUGUGACUGAGUGUUUUAACCGGUUUUCUUUUUCUUUAUUAGGUAAUUCAGCAAAUCAAGGAAAUAGAUCUCGAUAUAAAGCAAUGCAUUCAGCUGUCAAGUUAAAUCCUGCUUUCCUACACACUUCAUCCAUCUUUAGAAAGGCAGCAAAUUUGAUCAGUUUAAAGGCAACAACUUUGAUUUUUUCUUUAAAGAGUUUUUUUGAGACACCUAUUCGUUUGGUUAAAAUGUUUGUUAUCCGGUGUAUCCAAGUCUAUGGCACCCCAGCUCUCAGCAAAGAGGAAAUCAUUAUUUUCAGAAAAGUAAGUCUGCAGCAAACCUAAUGUUAAUAUAUAAUAAGAACGUAUAGAUGGUUGAUUACACCGUUAAUUCUGUUCCUAUAAUAUCUUAGGCAUUUUUUCUUAAUUUUGUAAGCAGUACCCAACGUUUCGGGCGAUGCUCGACUCCAAUCUAAUCUUGGGAAUAUUUUAUACGGUUCGCCAUGUUGCACCUCGAAUAUAUAUACGGGCCAAGUGCAUCAAUCUGAUAGAGAUAUCAUUUCCGGAGUGCACGAUUGUGGUUCCGACUAUCGUUUUAGUUUUGUUUUAGUCAACUUAUUGGAGUAUGAUGUUUGUGAUGUUACUCUGAGUGUAAAUCCACUAAUCCACACCGGGCAAGCUUAAAAAAUACGCCUGGCCACGGUGGGAAUCGAACCUACGACCUUUGGAAUACUAGCCCAAUGCUCUACCAACUGAGCUACGCGGUCAGGUGGAUUCUGUUUUGUUAAAAACUCUGCCAGUUAAACAUUAAUUGCCCGUUAAUGCGUGUUUAAUCGGCACGGUUCUUAGCCCGCAGUAAUUCUGCGCGCCCAGGAUGAGAAUAUAUGAAACUUGCCACAUACGGCCUUCGUAAAUAUGAUGUUUUAUUUUUUUAUUAACACAAGUAUUUGAGACUUUGUUUCGAAUCACAUAUCGAUCGUUUGGAAUAUUGAUGAUAACAUUUUUUAAAAAUUUGCUUUCAAAUUUAAUAAACGGCCGUUUUUGAAGUUUAAAAACUUAAUAAUUCAUCAUUCCUUAUAGUAUUCCGCUACGUCAAAUACGAUGACGUAAUUUCAUGCUCCCGUGGCAAAAACUUUGAAUUUGAGGUAUAAUAUUAACAUAAAUUACAUUUGUUCUCGAAGUAUUAAUGAAAAUUCACACUUGUGUUAGGGGAAAUAUUUAAGAUACCGUGCAUUUUUUUAUUAAUUUAAUACUUCCAGAACCGUGUAAUUUCCUACACUGAAAACGUUCAUUUUUGGCUUACGACUAUAUUGGCUUGAAAUAAUAAUUGUUUUAAUAAAAAGAUUUAAAAUAUUGCAAUUUCGAUGGAAAUUCUAUUUGAUCGAUAAUAUCUUGAAGUGAAAUCAGUCGUUUUUUCGUUUUAAUCAGUUUUGUAGGCUCAGCUAUAUAGGCUAUAGUUUUUUUUGCAAUAUUCACACAGCUGCCUCACAGAAUCGUUAAUUAACAUAUAUAUAUAUAUAUAUAUAUAUAUAUAUAUAUAUAUAUAUAUAUAUAUAUAUAUAUAUAUAUAUAUAUAUAUAUAUAUAUAUAUAUAUAUAUAUAAUGAGAUGAAAAUGCUCUAGAGUGUGUAUUAUAUAAUUUCCAUACCCAGCGCAAGCAGAAAGAUGUUGUCUGCCGCGGCUGGAUCUUGAACCCGCGACCUUCGAAUUACUAGAUCGACGCUCUGCCAACUGAGCUACACGGUCAGAUGGAUUUAAGACUGGAAAUUAUGAAAUAUAUACUAAUGUCAUAAACAUACUCGUUUAUAUUAAUUCAGCAUCGAACAAUACUAGUUCUGCAAGUGUUAUGUUAAGUUGUGUUAUGGUACACUCUGUAAUAUGUUAAGAUGAAAAUGUUCUAGAGUGUGUAUUAUAUAAUUUCCUGAUACCCAGCGCAAGCAGAAAGAUGUUGUCUGCUGCGGCUGAGUCUUGAACCUGCGACCUUCGAAUUACUAGAUCGACGCUCUACUAACUGAGCUACAAAACCUUGUUUAAUAUUAUGCUGAAAAACCAUUUUGGAUAGAUUGAAUAUAUAACAAAAUUGUCUUUAAGAGUGCAGUAAAUUAAGUCCCAGACACAUUGCUGAGUAAACGAUUCAAAUCUCUCCACUCACCAGUGUUUUAUUUUUAAUUAAGAUUUGUUGCACCAUGGAAAUCUAUUUACUUCCUUUCGAGCCAGCGUCCGACCAUAUUAAUUUGUUGGUGAAUUGUGAAACAGCUAGACAAAAAUGCUAUGUUAUACUGACUUUUAGCGGUGGAGGAAAUGUAUUGGUUUAUUCGAUAGUUCAAGAUAUAAAACUACACAAUUUUCAAAUUGAUUUCUCAAGGAGUUAUACACGCAUAAAAGCUGCAUGUAUAUUAGAGUAUUGGUUCAAUCCUGUUGGUUGUGCUCCUGCUAACUUUGGGAUAAAGUGUUACAAUUUAAUUGUUAUGGACAUAGACAUAAUAUUCAUAAACAUAAUCCCAGUAAGACUAUCAUCCACGAUCGAUGCUCCCGACCUUCGUGAUCAAGCUACACGCACGUUGAAUGUGGAUACAGAGUUUGCAAGAUGUCCUGAUGGGCUAAAUUGUGAGACAGAGCAAAACAAUCGAAGGUUAACGGAAGAAAAUGAUGCAUUAAAACAGAAAUUACUGGAAAAGGAUGAGAUGAUAAAAGAAAUGAAAAGUAAAUUUGCGAUAGAGGAAAAAAAAUUUUAUGAGAUGAAAUGUGAAUUUGCAAUAGAGAAAAGAAAUAUAUCAAAAGAAAAAAUAUUGCUAGAAAACAAACUAGAGCAGUUGGAAGAUAGGUAUGGAAAUUUAGAAAAAGAUUACAAAGACACACUGCUUGACUUUGGACGACUUUCCGUGGAAAGCGAUUCUAAAACGAACUUAGGGAAAGAAAGCAAGACAUUUCAGAAACUAUUUUUUCCAAAGCCAUCGGCAUCAUUAGUUGUUAACAUGGAAGGUAAUAAUAGUUCGUCUCAUUUUAGUCUCAAGUCAACCGCAAAUUCUAACGUUCAGCCCAACAGUGUUCAGUCCGAGGAUGAAAAGACACCAUUGCCUGUUUUGUCUUUGCCGUCUUCAUCAGGAGAGCAAUCUGUAGACGCAAGUAGAGAAUUGGUGGCGUUAAUUGCAUGUCAAGACCAUGAGCAAAGCAAAGGCUUUGAGGCUCAAAAUCAGAACGAAAGCAGUAAUGAAAGACCAAACAAUGAAAGCAUUGAUGUUUCACCGGACUCACCGCCAUUCCCUACAGAGGUACACGAAAGAAGUGAUGCACAGCCCUUGGGUCUCAUAAAGGAACCUUCUUCUUCAGUUAGUGCCCAUGUCUACAACAUUUACAGACUAUUAUUACUAACGAUAUCUGAUAGGUUGCUGUACAGUGAUAUUAUCAAGCUUAAAGAAUGGGCAAAUGAAAAAUUCUCAGUUGACAGUAAUUUAAGUCCAGCUAAAGUUAUUUUACAAUUGGACCAAAAAGGUGCUAUCAAUGCGUCGGAUUUAGAUCAGCUCCGUGUAUUCUUCGAGUCAGUUACAAGAUUUGAUCUAGUGUACCUUAUUGAUGAAUUUUAUAAUGGUGACUACGAUAAGUUGAGAAAGUUGAUCAAUCAGCAUAAGUCGAUAAAAAACGGUCACGAACGAGUGGCCAAUUUAAAUCGAGUACACUCACCUAGAGUUCUUCUACCACAUAAUAACACUCCAAGAUCUCCACUAAGAUCCAACACCGUUAACCGGGUUGGCAAUGUUGAAGAAUUUGAACGACCUAGUACAGCUGACGAGAACAAUAGCGUAUCCAUUGUCAGGAAUUGCCAUGCUCCGCACUCAAAUGUUGCCAGCACAAGCAAUUCUAUUGUAAGUGGCAGUAAAUGUUCAACGCAUGAAAAUUCAGAAGAUGUUCCUGACUGUUCUACAGUUAAUGACACAAGAGGUUUGUAAACAAACUAUUUUAUUAUUCCAUUAUUUAAAUUAAAUUUUUUUAUUAAUUCAAAUCAAUACUUUUUUCUGAUAUAUUAUGCUAUUUCCGAAAUCUGUGCCACCGUCAAGAAUAUACAUCUUCCACUAGUGUCUAACAUAUUUCCUGUUGUAAAGAACUAUUUCCCCAAACUUUUUCCCAACUUACGUUUAUAAUUUGCCCAACUUUAUUUCUACUGGAAGGGAAGCUACCCCUGGCCCCGCCAACCCCCCCCCAUCCCACCCCCGACCCAUACUCUAAUGAAUUCAUAUUACCACUUUUACCCCACUUUUUCUUUACUCUUGGAACAAGAUGAGUAGAGAAUAAACAAAUUAAUAAAUAUUAAUUAAAUGUCAUUUAUCAAACCCAGGUGGAGAGAACAGGGUAAGCACAAAUGAUGCUCCAGUUACUACAAGAAUAAUCAACGGAAAGAAGAUGUCGAACUCAGGACAGUCUUCAUCUCAAAGACGCCCAAAAUCGAGGCAACCGUCAUCUCAUGGUUCCCAUAAUCGUCCUGCAAAAUGCAAUGGUCCUUCUCAACGCCAUCCUGGUGACCACUUUCAUGGUCCAAGGAACGACGAUAUACAAGACAAUUGGCUAUGCAAUCAUUACAAAAGAAGGUGCUUGGUGAAAUUUGAAUGCUGCAAUAAAUACUGGCCAUGUCACCGUUGCCAUAACAACGAGAGCACGUGUGGGCGGAAGAAACUGAAAUCACGUGACACAACGAUGGUCAAGUGUGUCGAAUGCGGAAAAGAACAACAGGUAACGUAAAAGAUGCUAAUGUUGUAUGCACAUCUUUUUUAUUCUUUCAGUACAGCUCUAAACAAAGAACUAAUUGAAUCAAGGAAAAUGUAGAAUUUAAAUUGAGAUGCAGACAUAACACACCACACCUUUUUCUAAAAUUUCUUAAGAUUUAUUUGAAAACAUAAUAACUUAAAAAUCCGAAAAAUAUAUGCAGUAUAAAAUUCUUCAGUUUUUACGCCAUAUUGAAACGUUUCAUAUUUUUAGAUUCCAUACUCUUAAGUUUUUUAAAUAAAUAGCAUAAAUUUUUAACUUUUUAUUGAAAAAUGGUUGAAAAAAAAAGAAAGAAAUAUAAUGUCAGCAUCGAUAAUUUUAAAGUUAACGGACUCUUUCCUUGCUUCAACUGAGAACGAUGGUAAGAAAUGUAUCUACGAUUAAAUUCGUCUUGGUUAGGAAAAUAAUUUCUGGUAUCCGGUAAAUUUUAUUGCUAAAAAAUAUGCAAACUAUUAUUUUUGGAUUUCAUUCUUUUGUUCAGCAAAAAUGGUCAUUUCAGUGUUGGAGAAUAAUAUAUUAAUAUCAGCUCUUAAACGACGAUUUCAUAAGUUUUCUUCAUUUUCUUUCUUUUUAGUUUGGGGAAAAUGGUCAAUUUUGUGUUUCAUGUGAUACUCAAUUCGCCAAUUUCUACUGUGGACUGUGCAAACAUCUUACUGGAAAUGAUGAUCACCCCUAUCAUUGCGAUAAAUGUGGCAUUUGCAGGUAAGAAUUUGAUUUUAAAUUAAACAUCCUUCCUUUUUAAUCAAAAGAAUAGCGAAAUAGGGGAAAGUAACAAUUGCUUUUGGAGAACAUUUAUAUCUUAUCAAAGUGAUUGAUUGAGAUUGAGAAUUAAGAAACGUUUAUUUUCUAGAAUUCAUGGGGAUCGCUCGUUUCAUUGUGAUGUAUGUGGUAUUUGUCUUGAUGUUCAACUUCGUGGAAAUCAUAAAUGUCGUCCUGAUUCAGCUCAUGAUGAAUGUGGCAUCUGUUUGGAGGUGAAUGCAUAAUCUAACACUUCAUGAAUAUCAAAUUGUUUGCGACAUAAUGUUUAAUAAUAAUUAUUAUGAUGCCCCAGGGUAUCGGAUACUUGAAAGAUUACAGGAUCAAACUACAUGUAAAUAUUACAAGAACUUCGAACUUUUAAACGUCUUUCGUUCCUAUUCACUCGAAAGUCUUGUUAAAUGUUAACCUGAGAGGUUGGUUUGAAUCCAGUGACCCUUCAAGUGUCCUUGGGAAAUGCAGUUUCAACACACUUAAUUUGUUUUGACUUUCUACAGGACGCAUUCACGGGCUGCCAGAUUCUUCCAUGUUCCCACAAAGUUCACAAAGAAUGCGCCAAUCGGAUGAUUCGGAACGGAAUGUAAGUCCAUUUAUCGUUCAAAAUAUUUGCAUAUAUAAUUAUCACAAGACAUAUUGCUCCAAUCAAUGGAUGUACAUUAGAAAGUAGUGCUGUUUACAACCAGACUCAAUUAGAUUGAAGUACGUGUUUAUUCAGCAUUCAUUGCAUAAUAGUCUUAUAAUGUUUCAAUGUUUGAAAAAUAGUAUAGUAUGUGAAGUUCAGUACAAUGUAUACAACGAAGCAAAAGUUUCUCCUUCUUCUCAGAGACCUCUGCUCGCAGUAUAAAUGCAAUGGGGCAAGUUUGCAACCAGUUUAUAGUACACUCGAUCAAGUAAAACGAGCUCCUCAAUUAGUAUUCGUAGGGCCUGCGUACGAUUAGUUAUACAUAGUGGAAAGAAAUGAAAAGAGAAUACACUAGAAAUAUACACACAAAAACAAAUACAGUAAAAUAUAUGAGCAUAUAAUCGGGGCUCACCGAAUUAUUUUUCGAGUAAAUUUACUUUAAAGCCAAAAUAUCACCUACAUUGAAACGUUAUUGUUCCCAUAGUAACAUCAAUUAUUUUUCUCAAAAAAAUUGACAUUCAACACGUAUAAAGAUACUAUGACAUUCAUGGUGAAAACAAAUUUCACUAUCUGCAUACGACAUAUAGUUAUUUGCAAUUGCAAACUCUUGGACGAUGCUGCUUACGUCAUAAGAUGAUAAGACGUGACAUAUCUUUCAUAAAUUUCACCAAAAUGAAGCAAGUUAGAUUGGGAUUCCUAAAUGUGAUAUUUUCUUCUCUGUUUUCAUCCAGAACUCGCUGUCCGAUAUGCCGUGAAAGUUUCGCCCAUAAACUUGAGAGACGCCCUGUUGGAAGGAGGAAAAGAUGAACCAAACUCAUGGAAAUCCACUUCUUCUACCGUUACCGAUUAUUCCGUCGAAUGUCGUCACAGCAAGUGCCUUUCAACUAUAAUAUCGUGGGUUCCAUUCUCUCUUUGCUCACUCAUGUGAAUCGUGCAUGUGAACAGUGUUGGUCAACGCUCUGUCGAAAUCCUGAGUUCUCCUGGCUGAUAUUGCCUCUAACCGGUUAAGAUAAAAGUAGUAUCACAAUUGUUAAGUAUGUAAUUAGGUAAGCGUAAUACUUGAUGUAAAGUGACUAUAAUAGCCACAUAAUGCUGUACCAACAACCCCCAAAACUUGAACACAUUCCCAAAAAUUAAAUGUGGAACUGAUAUUGAUCGCCGUAGUCAUUCCCCGACAGAGAAGUUUUCGUGAUUAAAUAACCAUGAGCACAACAAUUCAAGGAAAAAUAGAUAGCUUGCAUGUUUGAUAGGAGAAUUUUAUUUCAAUUUCAGAGUAAGUUAUUUUUAUGAUUUAAGUUUGAAAUUAAUUUGAUAGUUUAAUUAACAAAUUUAAAACUUGCCGCCUCAAAAUGGGUAGGUGAUAAAUAUUCCAAAAAUAUUCAUUAGGAAGUAAGAAUACGAUAUAUAGUUUAUGUUGUAACUUGUAAAUACUGUAAUAUGUUUUUUUAAAUUUUUAAAUUUUUAGUUAACAUCAUAAUUAAUUGCGAGAUGUGUGUGACUGUGUUUCAAUAAUAUAUAUAUAGUAAUGAUAAUAAUAACAAAUUAAUAUCUAGGACGAGACAUGGAUUUAUUAUUUUUACCGUCGGAAAUCGAAAAAAAUAAAACGGUUCAGAUUAAUUUGACUUCCACUUCCGCUAUCAUUAAGGAACCAUGCCUUUGACUAAUCAGAUGCGUGUGAUUGCUUGAUAUAUCCGAUUAAACAUUCUGAUGCGUACUAAGCCAAUACACGAAUCGCAAAAUUCGAUUGCGCAUUCAAAUGCAUGAGGCGUUCAGUCGGGCAAAAGCCGCAUUCAAAGAAAAACAUGUAGUUUGUAAGUGGAUGAUUUCAAACAUGCGUAUUAAUAAAGUAUUCAAAUGUUCAGUCAUGCAUUCGUGUUGCAUUGUAGUAAUAUGUAAUCAUGAAUGCAUGAGUGAACAUUUCAAUACUUAAAUACGCAUAUUUUAAAUCAUCCAGUCACAGCUACAUGUUUGUCUUCAACUGUGACUUUUGCCCGAAUUUCGCGAUUCGUGUAUGAGUGGUAGUGGUAGCGGUAGUAGAAGUUAAAUCAGAAUCUCUCUCAAAAUAAUUAUUAUACUGCUACUGAAUACUACACGUCUUAAUUAAACUAA